AUGGCCGAAUAUUCGUCACUCAAGGUGCCUGAGCUGAAGAAGCUGCUGGCCGAGAAGGGUCUGCCUCAAACGGGCAACAAGGCGGAUCUUAUUGCAAGGCUCCAAGAGAACGAUCGAGCCUCCGAAACCGCUGAGAAGCCCGCUGAGAACAAGGAGGAUGAAAUCAGCUACAGUGAUGACGAGGCUCCUGCUGCACCCGCCGCUGCCGCGCCUGUAGCCGCCUCUGAGCCUGUUGCUGAGGUUCCUGCCACCGAGGCUGCACCCGUCGAGGCCGCUAAGGCCGAAGAGAUGACAGCAGAGAAGCCCGCCGAGACAGCGGAGCCUGAGAAGUCUUAUGCUAUCGGUUUACAAUCCACCGCUGCUGACGACGAAGCCAAGAAACGUGCCGAACGUGCCAAGCGGUUCGGUAUUGAGGAGGACGAGGACGCCAAGAAGCGCGCCGACCGCGCGAAGCGAUUUGGCCUCGACGAAAAGGAGCUUGCUACUACUCUUGAUUCAGCACUCCCUGAGCGCUCGCGAAAACGAGGCCGAGAUCGCACCACUGAAGGUGAAGGCAACCGCCCUGGAAAGCGACAAAGCAUGGACAGAAGGAAUGGUGGUGGCGGUCGUCGACGCGGCCGUGGUGGUCGGGACGGCGGUCGCGAUGGUGGCGCUCGAAAGGAGAAGACGUCUACCAGAAGUGGUAUCCUUGAUGACCCAACAGAGAAGGCCAAGGCAGAGAAGCGUGCUGCUAGGUUUGCUGGGAACUAG